AUGGCAGUUUACUACGAGAGCAGCCGGUCUAUUCUAAGUACCAUCGGCUUGGUAAACUUCUUCUUCGCCUGGAUUGUGAUUGGUAUCGCUAGGCUCUCAUGGCUAUCGACUAUCCCUGCGAUUGUGUCUGCGGCAGGCGCAGUCGCAAAUGGCCUAUGCUACUACGCAUGGUACAUGAACUCUGGCAAGGCAAAGACAGCUAGUGCUUACGCCGUCGCGGAUAUCCUUUGGAUGAUCCAAGAGGCAGGGCUGUCCUUUUACAGCUAUAUCAUACUCAAGCAAGUUCUGCAAAACAAGGUUCGACGGAUAUUUUUGAUCCUAGUCAAGUCUAUUUUCACGGGUGAGGAAGCAUUUACGGACGUGGUGAACGGCGCCCACGUUGGUUAUUUCUUCUCGCUAGCUUCUGUCGAGUGCCUCAGCGCCUUCUUCCUCCUACAAGUAUUUGUCAAGGCCAAGAAGACGUCCGAGCAGCUUUAG